AUGGCAGCAGACAGGAAGCUGCUGGGAUCGGGAGCUGGUGGAGCUGGAUCCCAGCGAGACCGCACAUUCAAUGAGCGAGACAGCCUGGAAGGAGCGCAUGCAGUGCAAAGCGAGGAGAGCAUCGACUGGACUGCUGCCCUCAUGCCACAACUGCUGGAUCUGAGAAACGAGAACGCGAAGCUGUUAUCGAUAUGUAGAGAUCAGGAGCGGGAGCUGCAGCAUCUUCGCUCGUCGCCACAUGAUUCCUUCCGACCCAGAAGCUCCAACGCCUCCUCCUCCGUCCCGCAGGACAUGAAGGAUGGAAAGAUCGUGGAGCUGGCGAAGAAGAACCGUUCUCUCAACGUAGCGCUAGAGAAGGAGCGAGCCAAGUCAGGGCGCAUGGCGACAGAGCUGAAGAGGAACAGACUCCAAGUUCUCCUGCUCUGUGCUGGGACUGAGUGGUUGUGGAACAGGGUGCAGGAGGAGCUUGAGGAGGUGAAGAAGUCUGGGGGAGGAAGGGACAUGGCUGGGAUGGAUGCGAGGAGUCUGCCGGCGGGAGCGAACAAGGAUGGUGGAGGAGGGAAGCCGACGCUUGCGUUCGGGUCUAAGUGGGAGGAGCCCAAGGAGGAUGGGGCGGAUCAGAGCCCUGAACAGAAGGUCAGGGGAGGGUGA